CUGCUGUCGCUUUUGGCGCUCGGCCAUCCAGAAACAAACCACUUCGAUGACUCCUAAUAGUUAUCGCCAGAUGUACUAAUACACAACAAAUCACGGUCCGGGAGAGGGGGAGAGCAAAUGAGUUCCUAUUUCGUGAAUCCCACUUUCCCAGGGAGCCUGCCCGGGGGCCAGGACUCUUUCCUCGGUCAGAUCCCCCUUUACCCGUCGGGAUAUGAUGCUCUCAGGCAUUUUCCGUCUUCGUACGGGGCAAGCAGCCUGCAGGACAAGACUUACACCUCACCUUGUUUCUACCAACAGUCCAACACCGUCAUUGCUUGCAAUCGGGCUUCCUAUGAGUACGGAGCCUCUUGUUUUUAUUCGGACAAGGAAAUUAGUAGCACCUCCGGCAGUGGCAAGCAGAGGGGGCACGGGGAAUACCUGCACCUUUCUCCCGAUCAACAGUACAAAUCCAGCGGCGUCCAAGCCAAAAUUGUAAAUGACGAAGGCACCGACCGGAAGUACACGAGCCCUGUUUACCCCUGGAUGCAGCGGAUGAACUCCUGCACUGGUACAGUAUAUGGAACUCAUGGGAGACGAGGGAGGCAAACUUACACCAGAUACCAAACGCUAGAGUUAGAGAAGGAAUUUCAUUUUAACAGAUACUUAACCCGAAGACGACGUAUUGAGAUUGCAAACGCUCUCUGCCUUACUGAACGCCAGAUUAAAAUAUGGUUUCAAAACAGGCGGAUGAAAUGGAAAAAGGAAAACAAAUUCAUAAAUUCCACACAGCCCAGCAGCGAAGAAACAGAGGAAAAGUCAGGGGAGUAGAACCACGUUUAAUAAAUGCUACCAGGUCUUUCCUUAGUGCUCAUUAUUAUUAUUAUUGUUAUUAUUUACUUUGUGUUCCUUCUGCUACUCAAAUCCUAUAGGUUUGUCACAGUCUAUUAAUUCUUAAAAGGCUUGGUUAAAAUAUGUACAUUUGCAAUCAUCUGUGACUCUCUUAAUAUAUGUGGAAGUCCCAGCUUUCGAGCUAUAGGCAUGCAUGUGUAUAACCACCUCCCCAAAGCAUAGAUGGCACUGCUUAAAGUACUAGAGAAAUGGUCCAGAUUUCAAAAUAUUUGAGGUGAGCAUUUGUGUGUGGGUGAAUGUCCCUGACGUGCCUGUGCAAGAAGAGAUAAGC